UCGUUCUAUCAACGACGACGACGACGUCGUGUGUGAGUGUGUCGGAGACCAAUCCCCCCCCCCCCGCACUUCGGAUCGGCUUGGCUCUCACUUGCUCUCCUUGAUUGAAUGUGUGCUUGCUCGCCCUUCCUUACUCCCUCCCUCCCUCGGGCUCCCUUCGCUAGGUCCCCCGAUCGAUCGAUCGGUCUGUUGAUUGAUUGUGCUCGAUUUUUUGUCUGGAUUUUUGAAUUCAAGUGAUUGCGAGCAGGGAUUCGGGCUUGUAACAGCUUACAACCAUGUCUUGGCAAUCGUACAUCGAUGAUCACUUGAUGUAUGAAAUUUCCGAGGGGCAUUCGCUGACAUCUGCUGCCAUCGUUGGCCACGAUGGCAGUGUUUGGGCUCAGAGCUCAAGCUUUCCGCAGUUAAGCCCUGUGGAGGUAGAGAAGCUUCUUGAUGGAUUCGAGGAGAACAGUUCAUUGCCUUCGAAUGGGCUGUUUUUGGGAGGAGCGAAGUACAUGGUUCUGCAAGGUGACCCAGGCAUUGUCAUUCGUGGAAAGAAGGGUCCAGGAGGUUGCACGAUAAGGAAGACAUUAAGCGCAUUUGUUAUUGGUCUGUAUGACGAGCCUUGCACCCCUGGGGAAUGCAACAUUGCUGUGGAGAAGCUUGGUGAAUACCUAUACGAACAGGGAAUUUGAAGACGUAGUAGUAACUCUUUCUGGGGCAAUAUCUAUUUGACCAGAGUCUGGAAGUAUUGUUAUGGGUAUGAGGUUGUUGUUGUGUCCUCUGGAAUGGGUUAGAAAUAUACGUGAGAUGCUUCCAAGCUGUUGCGUGGGUGUGGAGCGCUUCGUAGAGGUCUGGGGUGUCGACCAUGUGCGAUGUGCCAAUUCAUGAAGAUGACAAUGAGAGGGAAGGCCGUUGGAGCUGUGUUCAGAGGCUAGGGUGAUAUCUUGCAACAUUGGUGGGGAUAUUAUUCUCGAGCACCUAGUGAUGGGAGGAUCCUGUUCCUUCGAGUUGACCGGAGCAAGGAAGUCGCUAAAGUAGGCAUUUCCGGGAGUGCCGUCUCUUGACAUGUUCAUGGUAUUGGGAAAGCUGUGAUGGUGGACGCGCUUGUGUAAAGCAUGGUUUGAUCCGUAAGUAAAUGCGUAAGGGUUUUGUAAACCCUCUUUCAAGGGCAGCA